AUGGCUCUAUUCCGCACAACCACCGCUCUCUCGAGCUUCGCCAGAAGAGCAGCUCCAUUGAGAAUCCUUCAACCAGCGAGCUUUCGAUUCAUAUCAUCAACAAGCCCACGCUCUGCAGCACAAGGAUAUGGCGACGGAAAGGGUGAUCCCAGGGGCGAGAAACCCCAAGGCCAGGGACCUUCCAACAAUACCAAACACAAUGCCGAGCACCCAGGACCUGCUCCUCCCAGCGUCGGAAAGUACACAGGAGCUGGCCCUACUAAGGGUGGUGCAUCUCCAGAGGAUGCUUCCGCGCAAUCAGGAGGAUCGAGGAGCAAAGAAGCGAUGGAGACAGGAUCCAGCCCAACGGGAGGAUCCAUAGGCGGAAGCGGAGGUAAGAGCAGCAACCCCGAGGAGAAGAGCAAGGACGGGGCGAAGCCGAAGAUUGCGGACCACGACGUGCCUGGAUCGGGAAAUUCGAAGGACAAGCAAGCUGAGGUCGAGCAGCACAAUAAGGAGUUCGAGCAGCGUCACGACCGGGCUGCUCCGGCGGCGGACGACAAGGUGGACAAGAAGUUCUGGAAGGGUGGGUCUUCCAGUAUGGGGUCUGGUAGAAACAUGCUAAGAUAA